CAGUAUCUACUACUUCCAGCUUUGAUCCAUGUGAUGAAUAUACCACUCUGGAUGAUUACUGGCGAGAUAUGAGACAAAGUUGUUUUCCAAAGCAUCAGCAGUGACCCCUGCUACAACUAUGAGUCUCUGGAUCGCCCCUGGAGAGCCACCAAUGAAAGUGGAGAUUACAUUUGUGACUAUUUUUCCUCCUGGAGGGGCUGGUACAGGCUUUUCUACAAUGGAUUGGACAUCAGGAUGCCAGAGACCUGUAUUAAUGGAUUCAGCUGUAACACAUACAUAAAUCUGGCACUUGAUGGUCCUCACCCUCAGAUAGAGGAUGGAGUGGUGAUCAGAGAGGUCUGUGGUAGUUCUUACUGGAGCGGCUGCUGUGAUAGCAAGUCAAUCCCCAUCAGAGUGAAAGCGUGUCCAGGAAAUUAUCAUGUCUAUGAACUUGAGAGUCCACAAAUCGGGUGUUCAGGAUACUGCAUAGAUGUCAGCACUAUCUCACAGGUGGUUUCUACUGCAAGUCCAGAUUUAAUAACUGGAUCCACUAUCACCUUCAAUUAUGACCCGUGCAAUAACUACAACACACUCAACGACUACUGGAGAAGCACAAGCAAUUACUUGCCUAUGUAUAAUGAUGUAAAUGGAUUUGAUAACGAUCAUGAAUGGGACGGCUGGUACAGACUCUUACUUAAUGGAUUGAGUGCUCAGAUGCCGGACUGGUGUGCCACUUAUAUGUCAUGUGGAGGAUUUACUGCUUUGUGGCUUCAUGGAUCUCAUCCUCAACUAGAAGAUGAAGUUGUUACUCGUGAAGUUUACGGCUGCCGUAAUGAUCUGAGCAGUCGCUACAGAUCCAACCCAAUCCAAGUCAAAGCUUGUCCUGGAGAUUAUUAUGUCUACAAGUUUACCAGGCCUCCUCUUUCAAUCCCAGGUCCAAGCUAUUGUGCAGUAUCUUUCCCUACCCCAAGUGUCGACCCCUGCUACAACUACACUAUCCUGGAUGAACCUUGGAGAUCCACUGAUAACUCUUACUAUAGUAACUUAAGUAACUAUAGAUGUGAUUACACUGAGUGGAAUGGCUGAUACAGGCUGUUUUACAACAGUCAGAGUUCUCAAAUGCCAGAAUCAUGUGUAUAUGAAGGCAUGUGUGGCACUUAUUACCCACUGUGGCUCAAUGAAUCCCACCCUCAGCUGGAAGAUGGAGUGGUCCUCCGUCAUGUUUGUGCUCAUGGAUGGA